AUGCUGUUGAGACGGUUCGGUCUAUUAGGGCUCUCAAUCCUUGCUUCGGUCCGGGCGGAAAGUUCUACCACGGAAACUACUACUGCUUCGGCGUCAAAAUCAAGCUCCGCAUCAUCAGCAUCCGAUUCUGGUUCGGCCACAAGUUCAUCCACAAGCUCAUCGAGCUCUGCUGCUGCGACGCAUGUCGUAUCGGUCGGCGCAGAUGGCCUCAAUUACACUCCCAGAUCAUUGACCGCGAAUGUUGGGGAUAUCAUUGAAUUUCGCUUCUAUCCUCUUAACCAUUCAGUGGCAAGAGCAGAGUACAAACAGGCAUGCAUACCUUACGAAGAUACCGGCGCAGGGAAGGUCGGAUUUUGGAGUGGUUUCGAACCUAUUUCUAUUGUCUCGAACAAUCCACCGAUAUAUAAUUUACUCAUUAAUGAUACAGAGCCCAUAUUUUUCUACUGCUCAGCUCCGGGGGCUUGUCAGAAUGGCAUGAUCGGAGUCAUUAAUCCAAAUGCUACGCAAACAUUCGAUGUUCAAUUCGCGUACGCCGAGAACUCAACCAUGGAGUUCUCUCCUAAUGAAUAUUUCCCUUUAGAGACCUCAAAGCCAAUUGCCGGAACUGACUCUCAAAAACCAUUCCCACCUGGCGCAAUCGCCGGUAUCGUUAUUGGCGCAGUCGCAGUAAUAGCUUUAGCUGGAGCCUUAUUUUACAUGUGCGGCCGUCACAGAACCAUGAAGAAAGUUCUCCACAAUGGCUCGACCGGGCCUCAAACAAACGAUGCUUUUGACAAUAACCAUAAUUCUUACAUGUCACAAGGUGGCAAGUCAGUUUCCGAAGUCAAUUAUCGCAGCAUGUCGAAAUUCUCAUCUGGUCUCUCGGGUUUGGACACUGCGUCCGGACGCUUCUCGCCUCACUACGGCGCUUAUAUGGAUCCCGAUGCAAAUAGUUUUAGAAGUCGAAGUCCACCGAUGGAUGAAGUGGGUAUGCAGACGGUUAGAAAUGGUCAAUAUCAGAGUGUGUCGGUCGGAAGUCCACUCGGGAGCCCGGGCUUCCCUAAUCCCGCGUAUAACCACGAGUCACAUUCGUCCGCUCAACAAUAUGGUGGGUCUACAUUGAGCGAGAUGGAUGAUCGCAGUGCGCAAGAUGCUUUGAGAAUGCAAGGAAAAGAAAUGCAAAAUCAAGGAAAAGGCCCGAUAGAGCUACCCGUCCCAAGCAGAAGCCCGAGUAUGAUCGCGGGCGCACCUUCUCCCGAGAGAGAAAGACCCUUUUCAUAUACAGAUAGCGAGAGUGGAUAUGCGGGAAUGAUGAGAAGCAAUGUGGAGAUAACACGAUGA